AAAUAAAGAGGCUUGACUACAAAGCCAGAAGGUGGAUCAUUUCUAAAGGAAACCAUGCGUGCACAUCUGUAGAAAUGGUUUGCGGCUCAGUCAAGCUGGAGUUAACCAAAUGAAGCUAUGGGCUGUGCAUCAGCCAAGCAUGUUUCUGCUGUUCAAAAUGAAGAGGAAGCUCAGAAGGGGAAAAACUACCAGAACGGCGAUGUAUUUGGUGACGAAUAUAGGAUCAAACCUGUGGAAGAGGUCAAAUACAUGAAAAACGGGGGAGAGGAUGAUCAGAAAAUAGCUGCCAGAAACCAGGAAAACUUGGAAAAAAGUGCCAGUUCACAUGUAAGGCUUAAGCCUAAUAAAGAGCUUCCAGGAUUAGUACAUCAACCUAGGGCAAACAUGCACAUCUCUGAAAGCCAACAGGAAUUUUUCAGAAUGCUGGAUGAGAAAAUCGAAAAGGGUCGUGAUUACUGUUCAGAAGAAGAGGAUAUCACAUAGUGACAGUUCUGCCAAUCGGAACAGGAAUGCUACUGCUGUGUAAAUAGAUUACAGUCCAGUCGAGAUCUUUUUCGGAAGUCUUCUCAAAUAAACAGUGCUACGUAACA